UGGCGCAAGGGCCGCCUUCGGCGUGCGGUGCGCGUGGCGCGGCUCCGGAAGCGGCGCGCGCGGCAGGGCGGGGGGAUGAGUGUGCUGUUUUGAGGGAGGCGGCUGAUUCCGGUCUGGGCAGCUCGGCGGGCCCCGGGGAAGCAGCGGGCCGGAGUCAUGAGCUACGAUCGGGCCAUCACCGUCUUCUCGCCGGACGGCCACCUCUUCCAGGUGGAGUACGCGCAGGAGGCGGUGAAGAAGGGCUCCACGGCGGUUGGAGUACGAGGAAAAGAGAUUGUUGUUCUUGGUGUGGAAAAGAAAUCUAUGGCAAAACUUCAGGAUGAAAGAACUGUGAGGAAGAUCUGUGCCCUCGAUGACAAUGUCUGCAUGGCUUUUGCAGGGCUCACAGCGGAUGCCAGAAUAGUUAUAAAUAGGGCUCGUGUGGAGUGUCAAAGCCAUAGACUUACUGUGGAGGAUCCUGUCACCGUGGAAUACAUCACACGUUACAUCGCAAGCCUGAAACAGCGAUAUACUCAAAGUAAUGGCCGCAGACCUUUUGGGAUCUCUGCACUUAUUGUGGGAUUUGACUUCGAUGGAACUCCCAGGCUCUAUCAGACUGACCCUUCUGGCACUUACCAUGCUUGGAAGGCUAAUGCCAUUGGGAGAGGAGCCAAGUCUGUGCGUGAAUUCCUGGAGAAAAACUAUACUGAUGAAGCCAUUGAAACAGAUGAUCUGACCAUUAAACUUGUCAUCAAGGCUCUUCUUGAAGUUGUACAGUCAGGUGGGAAAAACAUAGAGCUGGCCGUUAUGAGAAGAGAUCAGCCACUCAAGAUUUUAAGUCCUGAAGAAAUUGAGAAGUAUGUUGCUGAAAUUGAAAAAGAAAAGGAAGAGAAUGAAAAGAAAAAACAGAAGAAAACAUCAUGAUGAAUGAAAUCCAAUGGCAUAGCUGCUUGUUUUUAAUUCAAAUCAUGAGUUAUUCUGUACAGAGAUGUAGGCAUUCCAUUUAUUCAUACAUACUGUGCCCCUCUGAGACAUAAAAUAAACCUACUGAUUUUUUUUAA